CGGAACUCGGCGCAGGUUAAAAAUGACAAGGAAUUUGUUAAUGGAAAUUCAAACACAACACAGCAGUUUUUGCUGUCUCUCUCUAGAUAUUUAAGAAGUGCAACAAGGGAUUCAAUCAACCAUCCUUCCUGCUCAGACUGUGGGGAGGAAUUCACUCAGUCAUCUAACCGACUGGCACGCCUGUUAUUUUACACGGGGGAGUGGCCAUUCACCUGCUCAGACAGUGGGAAUGGAUUCAGUUGGUCAUCACAACUGAAGGUACAUCAGCAAAUUCACACUGGGACAAGGCCAUUCACCUGUUCUGUGGGUGAGAAGGGAUUCAGUCGGUCAUCCCACCUGUGGACAAACCAGUCAGUUCACACUGGGCAGAGGCUGGUCAUCUGCUGAAUUUGUGGGGAAGGAUUCUCUCGGUAAUGGCUCAUCAGCGAGUUCACACCGGGGAGCGGCCGUUCACCUGCUUGGACUACGGGAAGAGAUUCACUGAAUCAUCUAAGUUGAAGGUACAUCAACGAGUUCAUACUGGGGAGAGGCCAUUCACCUGCUCAGACUGCGGAAAGGGAUUCACUCGGUCAUCUCACCUACUGCUACAUCGGUUAGUUCACACUGCAGAGAGGGAUUUCACCUGCUCAGAUUGUGGGAAGAGAUUCACUCACUCUUCCACCCUACAGAGACACCAGUCAGUUCACACCAGGGAGAGGCCGUUCACCUGCUCAGUCUGUGGGAAGAGAUUCACACAGUCAUCACACCUACAGAGACACCAGCAAGUUCACACUGGGGAGAAGCCUUUCACCUGCUCAGACUGUGGGAAGAGAUUCACACAGUCAUCCACCCUACAGAGACACCAGUCAGUUCACAGUGGGGAGUGGCCAUUCACCUGCUCAGACUGUGGGAAGGGAUUCACUCGGUCAUCUGAUCUGCUGACACACGGGCGAGUUCACACCGGGGAGAGGCCAUUCACCUGCUGUGAAUGUGGGAAGGGAUUCGCUCGGUCAUCUGAUCUACAGAUACACCAGCGAGUUCACACUGGCGAGAGGCCGUUUACCUGCUCAGUCUGUGGGAAGGGAUUCCAUAAAUCAUCCAACUUUCAUAGACACCAGCAAUUUCACACUGGGGUGAAGCAGUUCACCUGCUCAGACUGUGGGAAGGGAUUCAGUCGGUCAUCCUCACUAUUGACACACCAGUCAGUUCACACUGGGGAGUGGCCAUUCACCUGCGCAGAAUGUGGGAAAGGAUUCACUCAGUCAUCUGAACUACUGGUACAUCAGUCAGUUCACAGUGGGGUGUGGCCGUUCACCUGCUCAGAAUGUGGGAAGGGAUUCACUCAGUCAUCCAACCUACAGAGACACCAGUCAGUUCACACUGGGGUGAAGCCGUUCACCUGCUGUGAAUGUGGGAAGGGAUUCGCUCGGUUAUCUGAUCUACAGAUACACCAGCGAGUUCACACUGGGGAGAGACCAUUCACCUGCUCAGUCUGUGGGAAGGGGUUCCAUCAAUCAUCAAACCUUCAUAGACAUCAGCGAGUUCACACUGGGGUGAAGCCGUUCACCUGCUGUGAAUGUGGGAAGGGAUUCACUCGGUCAUCCUCACUAUUAGCACACCAGCGAGUUCACAGUGGGUAGAGACCGUUCACCUGCUCAGAACGUGGGAAGGGAUUCACUCAGUCAUCCAAUCUACAGAGACACCAGCAAGUUCACUUCGGGUAAAGGCCGAUCACCUGCUGAG